UUGUUUUCUUCUCUUUAGCUUGUGUUUUAUGUGCUUGUUGUCCAUGUGAAUUUGUUUUAAUCUCUCAUCUUAAUUUAAUUUUCACACUUUUGUUCACAAUCUAUUUUCCAUCAUGCCUGUUGAUGUUUUGGUUAAUCGGAACAAUAAUGAUCAUGGAAAUGAUAAUAUUGAACAAAUCGACCCUCAAGGUGUUCUCAAUAAUUACCAAAGGCAUGAUGUGAGCUCUGGUGGAGACAGAAAUGUUUUAUCAACUUCCAAUGUUAGACAAUCAUCGGUUUCUACAAAUCUUGAUGAAGAGAUAAUUAGACGACGUGGUAAACGAGAGAGAAAAUCUCAUAUAAUCACCAGAAGCAUGAACCCGAUUAUAUUGGCCACCCGAAAGUCACCGAUAAAAAGGCCAAGAGAUAAUUCAGUAACUUUGGAGAUGUUGAAGAUUUUCGGUGAUUUGUCAAAAUCUCCAAGUAAACGAACACCAGUUAAAAGACUUCGCACCUCACCGCCCUCAAGUCCUGGAAUGAUGACCAGAAAGCGUCUAAACAUGAGCUGCGAUUCAGGAAUCGGUUCACCAUCAAGCUCACCUUCAACCACGAAUGGAACCCGAAGUUCAUCAAACAAUAAAAAGACUCCAGUCAACGCUCCAAGUAGAGCCCGUCGAUCAAGAGCUCGUCGUAAUUUACGCAGAUUGUCCUGAAAUAUUCAUUAAGUUUCAUUCAUUUUUCCAUCAAAAUCCCCAUUCACCACCACCACCACCACCACCACCAUCAUCAUCAUCAUUACAUUUUCAUCGCCACCAAAAAAUCAAUUUCAUUUUAUUUAAUUACAAUCAAAACAAAGCUUAUUUUGAGCCAUUGAAAAAAAAACUUUAAAAUCACAAAAAGACAAAAAAAUCAUGUAUAAAUUAUACUCAUCAUUUUUUUAGCAAUUAUUAAACAAAAAUUACCUCUUAA